CGGGAGUUCCUGGGCUGUCUUCCUGCGAAACUUCGUCACGCUACGGGCUGCCCCGCAAGAAUGCAUUACCUAGUGUCACGGUCACGGUCGCCGUCACAGGCACCCUCGACCCCACCCCUGGCCUGCUCGCUGUCCCUCUCUCUCCCUCACCCGCACCUGCCUGCAAGCUCCCUGGGGCCGCAGGUGCGGACCACGGCGGAAUUCCACGCUCCGCGGAGGCCCGCCAGCUCUGGGGAGGGGAAGGGGAGACGCAGUCCAGCGCCGCUCCCAGGCUGAUGUCCCAGGACUUCCCUCGUUUCCGAUACCCGAAGCCUUCAGAAGCUGUUGAUUUUGGGGGAUAGGCGUGCCUUUGUAGCCGAGCAGCAUGGAGGUAAUGCACCGCAGGCCCUGCUGCUGCAGGGAGCUGGAAGGAGCUGGCAUACUGUCCGACACCUUCUACUCUAACGAAUUGCACACUCCGCUGCGAACAGCUGCUCGCCCAACUGCCUCAGAGGACAGGUACCAGGAAUUAAGGGAGUCGCUCCAUCAGUGUAGGCUUCCAUGGGGCGCUGACAGGGAGUACGGCGGGAUAAUUCCCAUUUCCCUCCCUGAGGAACACCGGCCAAAAUGCGAGCCUCCGCGUGCCCUGGGCAAGGGCCAUCAGCACUACGGAUUCGGUGGAGGAACCUGGUCAAGAAAGCUUCCUAUUGAACAAUUCUAUUAUUUGACACAGAACAAAAAAAGUGACAUCUAUGGAAAUGAUUCUUUGAUGCCCAAACCACCUCACUCAGCAGUAGACAAAAUCUGCUCCCCGUAUCCAAUCGAACACCCCUACCACACACACAUCUGUCGCGGCGCCAUGUUCCCGACCUUCACAUCACCGAAGGAUCCCUACACUGGCAUUAAAGCCCGAAGCCAGCGGCCAUUCCCACCCACUGUGCCAACGAAGGCUUAUGAUACAACGGUUUUGAAGACAAGAGGUAAUCCUUACAGAUAUGAACUGCUUGAUUUUCCCAUGGAUUCAAAGAAGAGAGCCUUGAUUUGGCCAGGUCAGGGUGUAUAUUAUGAUUUUCAUAAAUGUGUUGAGAAAAACAAGCAAAUAUUCUACCCCAAACCUCCUAAAACCUUCGUUCCUAACACUUCUUUAAAUUCCUGGGAUCCUAUUAACUCUCUAAAAGAAGCCAACAUACAAAGAAACCUUGAGAAGUCUCACUGGAUUACUUCAUACACUCAUGAUUUCACAGGUCUGGGGCCCAUGAACCCCCUUGAACUGGAUGAUUACCAUGAAAAGGAGGUGGCAGAGUUAACUGGAGAGACAGGAUUCGACCCAAAGCCUCCAGAAAAAUCCCAUCCUGCCUUAAAACCCCCCAGACCGUUGGAAGGACGAAUUGCUCGAUUGCUUCAGAACCGACGUCCCCUGGAGGCUGUUGUCCAGCAAAGACCGCCUUCCUGUCCUGAUUGUACCCCUAGAGUUUUGUGUAACUUUCACACCUUCAUACCCAGUUCUACAGAAAUGAUAGCACUUAGUGGUAACACACCAGCAGGUAUGACCAGUAAAUACCAGGAUAUUGAAGACAAGAUUAAGGAAGAACAAAGCCUGUUACCUCCCUAUGCACAACCACCUUGUUACCCAACGAAAGAUCUGACUGACAUUUAUGGCAUACAGCCAUUUCCAAAAAUCACAGAUACGAAAAAGACAGAUGAUUUGUACUGGAGACAGCUAUCACUGAAACCCCACCCCAUACCUUACUGCAACGCAAGCCAUUACAUACCCUAUGAACAUGUUAAACCUGCCUUCCAUGACCCAUAUGCUAUGUGUCAAAAUCCUGUUAGCCUUAGUAAGCCUAGUAUUUUACAAAAUAAGCCAGACUCAGCAGCUUUGGAUCUAGAACGUGUUUUAAGUAAGCCAGAAGAACCGUGGGCCUUUAGCACGGAAAACGAUGAAGAAACAAAAUCACUUCUGGGUUGGAUUCCUCGAGUUGGAGAGGCCAAGCCUCAAACUGACCUGCUGGAGCUCAAGAACUCUUUUUCCAAAAGUGGUGCACAAAAGCGCUUCCAUAAAUCGAUUCUAGAAGACCAUAAAGACCUCAGGGAUAAGAUGCAUUCAGGGAUGAAACACCAAUUCUAUGACCAUAAUUCCUGCUAUUUCUAUAAUUGAGAUAAUCAUCCUUCCCUUCAAAACCCAGCCUCCUGCAAGAAAAGAAAAUAUAAUAGAAUGCCUUCCUUGUUCCUGGAUUCUGUUUUAUAGAGGAGCCAUAAUGACCUAGUUAAUGAGGUUUAUGUUUUCAGGAAGUUAGGAUCUGGUCAGAGGAACCCAGAAAAGGUGAUUUUUGACUUCCUGAAAAGUGAACAAUUUGGCAAUAAAAUAUUAGAACCAGAAAAA